AGUAAUUUUAUCGCUUGACGCUUCUGAUGUGAUAUUAAAAACAUAGAGGGUUGGUAAUUUUUAAUAGUAAUUCUUAUCAUAUUUACUUGAAAUACUGUUAUUAUAUCAUGGCCGAUUCUACCAUGACUGAUGUUAGUAAAAUGAAGGUAGUAGACUUACGAAAAGAACUAAAAUCACGUGGCUUGUCCUACGCUGGGGAUAAAGCUGAGCUUGUUGCAAGAUUGCAAGGUGCUAUAACGCAGGAUGAUCAUGGAGACAUUAACUUGGAUUCUGACGAGAUAGACUCGGAUGGAGUGCUAGAAGACGAAGAUGAUAAAAGCCACAAUGAUAUCCUCGAGGAUUCCGCGGUAGACACAUUAAACGAGGAACUUGUGCUUGAAGAAAAUUUACCAGAAAAACAGCCACAAGAGACCAAGCCAUUGAGGAUUCUUAAGAGAAAAAUCACGACAGAAACACCUAAACCAGUCGAAAAUAAAGAAGCAGGUGCAAAGAAAAUAGUUUUAAAUAGAACAAUAUCUCUUACAACAAACUCUUCCAAAUCUGUGGAUGAAAAAAAGGAUAUUGAACCUCCAGAUAAUAAUUCUACUGACAAAACAUUUACAAGUAGUAAAAUUAAAAUAACAGCUGAAACAGAUACCAAGACAAGAAUGGAAAUGCGUGCUAAAAGGUUUGGCUUGCCGGUUAAAAUGACAGAUGAACAAAGAAAAGAAGCAAGAAAGCAGAGAUUUAAUCAAAACACAGUUUCUUCAAAUAGUUCAUCUUUGAAUAUUACUUCUUCAUCUGAGUCUUUAGCUGAAAACUUAGAAAAAUUUAAGAAAAGAGCUGAAAGAUUUGGUCAGUCCGUAUCAGCAAUUAUGACUGAUAUUGAGAAAAAAGAGAAAUUGGAAAAACGAAAAGCCAAAUUUGGAACUGUAAAGAUAUAAACAUACCAGUCUCAGUAAGAUACUGGCAUUUUGUGCAUAUUGCACCUCUAUAAAUAAUUAGCAUUUAAGGAUUUCAUUUUCUUAACAGUACUAUUCCUAAUGUAAAGACUAACUCUAAUGACAUAAAGGGAUUUAUUUGAGAACAGUUUUUUAAUUCUUCAAAUAUUAUUAUCAUCAAAAAAUCUUAAUAAAACUACAUAGACUAAACUUUAAAAAUAACAGGAUCUAAAUAUUACACUGUUGAGCAAAAGGAACAAUGUGAAGCUUGUUCAACCAUGAACAAUGAAUUAUAAAUACAAAUUAAUCUUUAAAGAUUCAGCUAUGUGCCCAUAACCUUUUAUUUUAAUAUUCACAUAUUCUAGCCAUCUUGGCUUUAGCAAAUAUUAUUAAAUCAUGUUUUGUAAUAUAUCUAGUUAUGUCUCCACAGCAUGAUUACAAGGGCUAGUUCAAGUUAAACCAUUAGAAAUAUUUCAAGUAUUUUAUAGUAUACUCUAUUCAAGUGUGCUCUUACAAACACAUUUGAAUUGACAAUUUUACAAUGUUAGUUUUAAGCAGCUACACUCAACCUUUUUUAAUAGGAGCCAAAAAACGUGUUAGCCGUGGUGUUGCGGGCUGCAAACAAAAAUAAUAAUAAUAAUUAAUGAUUUCUGAGGUUUUGAGAUUGAUACAAAUUGAAUUUAACAACCAUGAAAGGAUUUAUCACAUGUGUUAUAACAUAUUUUUAUAAUUUCCUGAUGAUUUAAACACUUUGCAGUGUCUGUGUUCAGAAGUAGUUGUUUAAUUCAGAUUAUUUAUGUUUUAAUGUAACCUUUGAAAUAUAUUUGAAAAUAAAAAAAAACAUCAGAAGGGCCAACCACAAAAGCCCGGCAGGCCACAGGUUGAGUACAGUUGGUUUAAAGUAACAAUUGGUAAGACUAUAGACUCAAUCGAGAAGAAUCUUGUAGAAACUAAGUGGUUACGAUUCUCCAGCAAUAAAUAAUUUU